AUGACCAAGGUGUUACAUCUUUGUCCACGAGGAUUACGAUGCAGCGCUACUACGACAAGGAUAGCUGCUGUUAAUUGCCGUUCAAUAUCAUCAGCAGCCAUUCGUGCAGGUCGAGUUUAUCUCUGGGGGGCUGCUGAUAGCGGUAUUUUAGGCCAGAAUUUGGUAGAAAAAAAGGUUGAUGGCACUUUAAGUACACAGUAUAUUGCUAAACCGAUGCUUCUGGACUCACCACAGAUUACUAGCCUUGGCAUUGGCUAUAACUAUCUUAUUAUGGCAGAUGCAACGUCUGAUGUGCUUGUUACUGGAUUAAAUUUACGUUCACAGCUAGGAUUACCGGCAUCUGAAAAUGAAUGUAUUGAAGGUAUAAGAUCAGUCGAAAUGCCUCAUAACUUUCCUAUUCAACAAGUUGCUUGUGGAAGAAGUCAUUCUUUAAUCUUAACAACAAACAAUCAAGUCUAUGCAGCUGGUAACAAUUUGUUUGGUCAAUGCGGAAUUAACCAGAAAUCGCAUGAGCCAGAGGUCACAAGGUUUACGCAAUUAGAGUCUUUACCCAAUUUAUCUUUCAAACAGAUUUGCUGUGGACUGGAUCAUAGUUUAUUAGUUACAACCGAUGGCCAGAUUUACUGUAUAAUGAAUUUGUUCUAUCGCGUAGGAUUGGGAAAACAUGAAAAUAUUUACCAAUUUACCUGUGUUGAAGGAGAGCUAAAGCACAAAACAAUCGUCCAUAUAGCCACUUCAGCUGAUACUGUGCUAGCUCUAGCAGAUGAUAGUUCUGUCUAUGGUUGGGGUGAUACAGAAUAUAGUCAGCUACAGUUUGAUGAUGAUGCAAAGCAGAUUUGUCUUCCCAAACGUAUAAGCUUAGACUGCAUAAAGGAGAAGAUUGUACAAGUAGCAGCUGGAGGUUCAUUUUGUUUAGCAUGCACUGAGACGGGUAAUGUAUUUGUGUGGGGAUUUGGUGCAUUGGGAGUUGGUAACGAGAUCAUGGAUUGUCGUGAACCGCGGUUAAUUCGAUUUCCAGAUGGAGCAAAAGUGAAGAAAAUUGCAUGCAGCAUAAAUCAUGCAGUUGCACUAUCUGACACUGGAAAAGUCUAUACUUGGGGUAGAGGUUCUUUUGGUAAACUUGGUAUAGGUAACGAUGAAGAUGCUUUUGCGCCAUGUCAUUAUUAUUACGAUGAUGAUCUAUUAAUUGUCAAAUUUAUUUUACUACGUACUAUUGAUAGAAAAAUGAGUUGUUCGUUUAACGAUCUUGCUUAA